AAAAUGCAAUUGAUUGAUCAAACAUUUAGAAACUCAGUAGUUGAUUUUAUUUCUUCAAUACAAUUGAUUGAUCAAACAAUGAAACAUUUGGAAAUAACUCUUCAACACCUUUAUAUGAAUAACUGGUUAAGACAUAGACUUGAAGAUAUUCCAAAUUAUGAUGUAAAAUUUUUAACUCUAUAUAAAUAUUGGUUGAAUAGUUAUGGGCAAUUUCUUUGCUAUAAUGAUGAAAGAAUAUGGUUAUAUAUUUUGUAG